AUGACGUCUGUGCCAGAAUCUACGACGCCUGUACCAGAAUCUACGACGCCUGUACCAGAAUCUCCGCCAUCUCUAUCUGAUUCCUCGAUGCAGCCCUUUGAAAUCCUUGAGACUCCAAACAUAAAGAAGGUGAAGCUCAAACUAGACAAAACAAUGGACACCAAGUUGAAUCGAUUACGUAACAAGUUUGUCUUUGGAACGUGUAUUGUGGACUUUCAUCAUGUCCGGGGUCCAGAAAUCGAGUACUGGAUAGAUGACACCACUACAGAAGACAACGAAAUGUUGAAGAUCCAACAUUUCACCAAAGUCUGGGCACAGUUACCAUUUCAAGCAUUGCCAGAUGGUGCACAUUUAUUCGAAGAGACCUUUUCCAACUUUACGUUGAUUUAUGAUGACAUUGAGGAUGGUUGUCCUAAGUUACCGAUAGACAAAGAGGAUGAUAUUGAGUUAGUAGAUGGAGAGGUCAAAGCUGCCGAAAUAGGUGAACCUAACAAAGGAUUAACUACUUUAUUUGGAUGUGCAUGCAUUAGACAACUUGAUAUGGAUAGAUUGAAGCAAGAAGGUAAAACGUUACAUAGAGCUGUAGGCCAAGAGGAGUUCACAAGGUCCGUGAUUCAGAAAUCGGUUGUUGUGAUCACCAGAUACCCAAUUACAAUCCAGUUAAAGGAACAGUUGAGUAUCAUCACUAAAAGCUACUUCGAUCAGCUUAACUUUGCUGAUAAAGGCAUUAUAAAGGCUCUGUAUGACAACGUUUCUCUUGUAUACAACAGCCAUGGGUAUCGGAUUGAGGAUGAUGACUUGUACGAAGGGGUGAAUGAUAAUCCCAGCGGAAGCACCAAAAUUAUUAGGGAGAGUGAUUUCUACAUCGGAUUGAACUUGAAAGAGCUCGUCACCAAACUUGGGCGCAAGUUGUUGAUGGUUUACAAGGCUCUGUUGCUUGAACAGCGAGUCCUCAUAUUCUGUAAAGACUUGAACACUCUUUCCAACAUACAAUAUUCGCUCUUAUCGCUUAUUCCCAACCUUCUGAUGAACUUAUCGGACUGUGGAUCUCCACUGUUGGACAAACUAUCGUAUAAGUUGCAAACCCCUACAUCUUUAAAGUCUAGCGAUCGUGGUUCCAUGCUUAGAUUCGUUGGAAUGCCACUCAAAUUAUUCGAUAAAGGAGGAUUCUUUCAGCCGUUCAUUACUCUACAGCAACUUGAUUACUUGGUGAAUAAGAAUACCCAAUGGUUUUUAGUUGGAACUUCAAAUGACAUCUUACUUGAGCGGAAGAAAGAGUGGUUUGAUAUGAUUCUCUACAUCAAUGAAAACGAUUCUUCUUUUCCAACAGAGGCUGCCAGUGCCAUGGACUUUAUUUUCAAGGAUCCAGAAGUCAAAUUGGAGAUUUUAUCCAAGGAUUUAAAAGACUGGAUCACGUUAACGUCACAAGACAAGCAAUUUAUAGACUACGUGAUGAAUGAGGUGAGUAAAGGUCAAAAAACGACAAAAAAGGAAACAAGAGUUGAACCGGCUUCGUCAAAGAUGCUCAACAGCAAUGCAUUGGAUAUUGGGAGUUACAAUGGAGGAGACGAUUUCAUUAGAUACCAGUUUGAAGAUUACCUAAUAGGGAUGCUUAGCACUAUUAAAUACGACCAAUUUCUCUCGGCAAACAAGGAUAAUCUGCAGACAUUGAGUUAUUUGAACUUGAAUCAGUUUGAAGACCAAGUGACCGAAUUUAACAGUAGGUUUAUCGAUAGAUACAUGCAGACUCAGAACUUUAAAUUGUUUGAGAAAUAUACAGAGGACGAGCUUUUCAAUUUCUUCGAGCCCUGUCACGUGGGGACUGUUCUUAUUCGAAGAGCCAGAGAGAAUGCAAGCAGCAGCGCCAAAGCUCGAUUGAGAGGUUUAUUUAGUGGAUGGAAGAAAGUUGAAGUGACGAGGGAGAAGAAAUAA